AUGCCAUAUCCUAAUGAUCUUAUCAUAGAAGACGGGCAAAACAAAAUGAUAAUGGACGAGCUUUCCUAUGACCGAGGGAAGUUAGAAGAGGAGUUCCAGCGACUGUUUCAAGGAUUAACAACUGAGCAACGUGGAAUUUACAAUGAAAUUAUGUCAGCUGUAUCACGAGGAAAAGGAGGGGUGUUCUUUGUAUAUGGAUACGGAGGAACAGUUGGAGGGCCAAAUGAUGGUGAGGCCGAUAUUGAAAUACCCCGUGAAAUGUUUGUAGAUGGGGGACAUGACCCUAUUGCGACAAUAGUAGAAAGCACAUAUCCUGACAUAGCGGAUCACAUUUGGGAACCAAGUUAUUUUCAAGAAAGAGCUAUUCUUGCUCCAACCAAUGAAAUUGCUGAGACGGUUAACGAUCACGUGUUAUCUCAAUUGCCAGGUGAAGAAAGAACUUACUUGAGUUCAGAUGCAAUUUCAGUGGAGGAAGGAAAUUUUGGAAUUCAUGAGAUGUAUUCAACAGAGUUCCUAAAUACAAUUAAAUGCGGAGGAUUACCAAACCAUAGUAUACGACUGAAGGUUGGAGCACCAGUGAUGCUCCUAAGGAAUAUUGAUCAAAGUUCUGGGCUAUGUAAUGGCACAAGAUUGGUCGUUAAGCACUUAGGCGAUCGCAUUAUAGAGGCUAUUGUGGUAUCUGGUAGUAAUUUGGGCAAUAAGUCUUCAUUCCACGAAUGA